AGCCGCAAUUCGCAUUAUGUCAUGUGCAUCGGCGUGUCAGAUUGCGUCAAUCAAUGGCCAAGGAAAGCGACCAUCUGCGAGUCCCAGGAGUGAGAUACACCCGCCGGGACAUGCCCCUUCGCAGUGUCUCCGCCGCCCCACCGCCACCCACAUGCUGUACACGCACACUCUCUACAGACGAUGUCUCAACCGCGCACUCGACGUCGACAUAUCCAGGCAGCUCGUCUUCGCAGACACGUUCCUCACUAGAUGCUGACGCCUCCUGCUGCCCACCGCUACCGGCGACCGACAGCAGAUCGAUGCCGAGUUUGUCAAACGAGAGCGACCUGUGUGUUCCACACAACCGACGACAUGUAUGCACAUCCAUCUCUGGUUGGUUGAGAGUCAGUCACCUCGACUGUCCCAGGAGAGGAACGAAGAAAACAACAGCACACCGCCUCCUCAGCUGAUGGGCAGGUGGAAUCAAGAUACGCACGCACACACAAUUGGGUCCGGUGGCAGAGAGCAUCCAUGUCGUUGGCUAGGUACCUCCUCUGUGUCUUGGUCACGUGAAUGUGGGACGAUGAUGCUGGUGAUGACGGCGCCAUCAUAAGGCCAGCCCCGCUCCGGGUGAUGCUUCUGGAGGAAGGCGUUGAACAACAGGUUGCGGCAAUCGAUCUGGGCAUCCUGACACACACAUACAACGCAGCCUCACAGGGAUACCUCCUCAUUUGCCAAAAGGUCGGCCUGCGUGGUCUCUCUUUCAGUCCACUCACUCACUUCUCCGCCCACCUCGGCACUCUUCUUCUUCUCGUUGCACUGCCCGCAGUCAGACUGCAACAAUGCAGAAGCGCCAAGCCGUUGAGUGACACGACAUGUAGUGAGUUGAUUGAAUGCCCACCCACUUGCUGUUGUUCUGCUCAUCCGUCCGUACAUACCUACCUGUAGCUGUUUGAGCUCAAAUGGAAGCGGCCGACAGUACACAGACGCCGUCAGCCUGAGUGAUGUCAUUCAGACCAAAUGAGGGAGGACAUCCGACAAAGGAACACACCCACGCCAUGCUUUUCCUUCCUUCUUGAGUGGGCAUUGUGGGUUGGGGAUACACAUCCAUACAUUCUGUGUACGAGCACAUCGGCGUAUCGACGAAUUGGCGAAGUGAAGUGCAUGUAUGCCGGCAGAGCCAGGCCCCAGUGGCUGCACAAACAACGCACAACGCACACGACAUCCCUUAAGGACAGGUGCCUGGCAGGGCAGGUCAACUUUGAGAGUCCCCUCCCCCUCUUGUGUGUAUCUCUGCCUGCCCUGCCUACCCCCAGGUGUCUUCGGUCGAUGACCCCACUGCGAAGUACUCGGCGGGGUUGAACUCGGUGAGAGCAGCGAAUGAGGCCGCCUGAUGGAUAGAUAGAUAGGUGGGUCCAUAGCACGGGCGAAAAGAGUCACGAAUGAGCCUAACUGCGGUAUGGGCAAUCUCGGCUACCGUGUGCGUGUGUACCUGGUAUGCGGCUGGGCUGAGGCGCGCCUUGCAGAGGUCGAGAAGAGCCUGGAGAGAGAAGGGGUAAGAUUUGGCGUCACGGACCACACCGCCACCCUCAAGAGUCGACCCGUCACUGUCCUCAUGCAUCUCCGGCCUGCCCAGCGUCUCGUACACAACCCGCCUGGCAGACAUACAAGAGGCAGCCAUCGAGCAGAAUGUCUACGUCAGUCACACGGAGUCGAGCCACUGUGUGUAGCGCCUUGUUUGCCUUCCUCUCGGUCCCGUUCGUGGGAAUGUCUGGUUACCUGAUGUCGGCAGGGAUAGUGUCGAGUGUGCUUUUGAUGGCCUUGGUCUCUGCGUUCUUGUGCCGGCGGAGAAUGGCGCUGUGGGGGUCCAAAGCGAUCAACCUGAGUAAGUGGACACAUCAGUUGACACGACGUAGCUGACUGAUGUGUGUUUUGUGUGCUUCCGCUCUGUCGUGAGGCCAGUCGGCUGUGGCGUGCUGUGAACGUACAUUUUGGCGACGACGUGGUUUGCGAGGAUCAUGAGUUCCUCCACCAGCUCAUGUGACAGGUUGCUGGGCUCCUCCUCAUCAACGCCCUCGGGAAUGCCGUCUGGUCCAAGAAUCAAACGACACUCCGACUCGGCCCGCCCAAGCGUCACGGCCCCAUCUUGGAGCCGCCUCUCCCGCCUCCUCUGCGCUAUGCGGCUCAAGGUCACCAGGUCACACGAAACGGCCUCGGGGAUGCCAAAGGAGCCAGCCACACGCCGCACACACUCUAAUUCCUUCACGGCAUCGAUGUCAUGUAGAAGGGAUGCAGGGGGGGUGGGCCCAUCAGGCGAUGGUCCGUGGUCGAACGAAUCCAGAACCCGUUGGGCCGUCACAUAGUCCAGCCGGCACCUGCCAGGACAGGUGGGAGGGCAAGACAAUCAAUGAUCGAUGGUGUUGGUCCAUGUAUAUGUCAUGUAUCGCUGGCUCACUUAGAGUGGAUGAUGGUCUUGUGUAUGACCGGAGGCGGUUCGUCGAGCAGCCGACCAUCAGCCGUCAUAGUGAAGAAGACAGAGAAUGCCAGUCGGGGCGCUGUGGGCAGCAGCGAGCAUACGUUCUCACUCAGCGGGGCAGGAAGCAUUGGAUACACCCUUGCAAUGCGAUACAGACACACACAUAGAUGCAUCAAGCAGACGGAUAGACAGAUGUAGGAGGGUACAUACUGGUGUACUAUGGGCGUUUCGUCGCCUCACUCACUCUCACCUGUUGUCCAGGUAGCAAGUCGUUGCCCUCUUUCUGGCUUCUUGAUCGAGUAAGGUCCCCUCGGUGACAAAAUGAGACACGUCAGCCACGUGCACUCCUAUCUGCGCACGGCCGUCCGAGCGACGUUCAAGCGAUAUUGCGUCAUCCAGAUCCUGAAAUGGCGACAGACGGCAGACAGACGAGGGGAGGACGAUGAAUGGACACGGAAGCAUUCUUCGUGUCCGUCUGUCUGUCGGGUUCUCUUGCUUGCGUUGGUACCUUAGCGGUUGGCGGAUCGAUGGUGAAGACCGUCUGGUCUCGGAUGUCCCUCCUCUUGGGAUCGUUGAGUGCCUCGGUGAGCCACGGGGGUCUGCUGGCAGACGCUGCGCCUUGUGGCCCGUUAAGCCUCUCCUCCAGCUCACACACUACUUCGGAAGCGUACGGUCGGUGCUCUAGUCCAUGCCACACUGAACAAACAGACAGACAAGGGGAAGGAACAGGUUCGUUACGCUGAUUGGUGUGCAGGCAGGUUGUGUCUGAUGCAUCCAUCGUAUUGCCAUCUUCGUCCACCGCCCGACCCAGGAUGGCGUGCGAUUCAGCAGCAGCGUCCCCCUCAGCCCCCAAGAUGGCAUCUGAUCCGCCUAGCAGCUUUGCUUCUGGUGCCAUGGCCUCCUUGGGCCAAGCGUCGAAGCUCAUGAGAACGAGAGCGGCUCGAUCGGUCGUCCAGAUGCUUUCCAACUGCUCGAGGGUGGAAGGCGUCACAUCUGCCCUGUGGACGAGGAAAGACGCCAGGCGAAGGUCCCUGAUGUAUGUAUGCGGGCGAAGAAGAUGUCGUGAAUCAAUUCAUUCCAGUAAAUGCAUGCCAUGACCUGCGGUGCGGCCGCUUGGUGUCUUUCUUUCUUGCCUGGGUUGAGCCUUGAUGACCUCCGGUCCCGCCCCGUCCUCCCCGCGAGAGGGCCUUGCAAUGGUCGCCAAGAUGGGGUUCUUGUUGAUGUUCCGACUCGACACGCCCACCACACGACACCGGUCAGAUAAAGGUGACGCCUCGCCGGAAAGCGAAGGGCCUUCAUCUGCAGCAAAGCCGUCUGGUGGCCCCUCGGUCGAUGUGUGCCCGUCAGUCGCUAGUUGGUGGUCGUCAGUUUCCCCGGUCUGUGGCGAUGCACUGGCUUCUGCACCUGUCGGCCGCCGCCUGGCUCGGAAAGAGACCACCACCUCGUCGCCGUGGAAUGCACGAUUACGGCCGAGGAAGCCUACACACACCCAGGCGUCAGACAAAGCUGUCUGCCUGCCUGUGUGGUCUGCCGCGUACCAGUGACCAGGUAGGUGUUAAAGGUGACGUCUCCCUCCCGUCUGCUGGCAGAGUGGGGCGCAGGAAAAGGCGAUGGGGCGGCCUCUGCACCGAGGUGACGGCGAUAUCGUUGUGUUGCUGCCUCGACAGCAGACCCCUUGACUACUACAUGCUGAGAUACAAGGACAUGAAUGAAGCAAAGACAGGCUACGAGUGAGCAAGCAACCAAGAAGGUAUGUGUCUUCUCUAUCUGUCUUGUCUGUCUGCCUGUUCCCUCCUACCUGCCUGCCUGCCUCCAAGUCUUGUCUGUCUAAUCAUUGCCCUUUCUGACGUACCCCGACGUCGGUUUGGAAGGCAGGGAUCCGAAGAGAUCCCUUGAGCAGAGUGCCUUGCGCGAGCCCCGUUGCGAUGUCUUGCUCGCUCCAGUACUCCUCAAACUCAAUGGCAGCACCAGGGGGCGACGCAGGGACAGGAGGGGAACCAGACGUGAUGCUUUCCUCCGACUGCUGCGCGUCUGGCUGCCGUUCCAGCAAGGGCGGCUCUCGUGAGGCGGUAUCAGAGGCAAGAGAAGAGCGGGACCGACGGCUUGGUCGCUUUGCAGUGGUCCGUCGAAGGCCGUUAGUGUUGUCCUCCGGCCCAGGACUGGUGGUGGAUCCGGCAUCGAGCCCCAGCGCAGAGGCAAAUCCGCUCCGUGCGAGAUGAAGGUACGCCUUGAUUUCCUCCUCGGACCGCUCAGAGAUGGAACGGGGCACUGGUCGCAAAUGGCCCGAAAGUCGAAGGUCGAAGAUAGUGGCCACACAGAUCUGCACAGACAGCGGGAUCCGACGUCUGCUAUCGGUCGUCAACAGCUCGCUGGCCGCCUCACGCACUCCCUUGGGCCACUCAGAGGCUCCGUCAGGAGGGAAAUGGGCACGAAGCUGCCUCAAGGCUCCAUCCUGAUGGAACGUGAAUGCAAUUAUUCAUCCAUCGAUAUCCUUGUUCCUUUGCUUGCUGCCCGCCGACUUACCCUUUGUUUAAUGGCGGGCAUGUCCGGCAAGCUCCGCACUAGCGACACAAGCAUAUCCUCAUCUGCAGAGCGUUGCGUUGCCAGUGAACGCCCGCCGGACCAUGAAGCAAGAUCUGCAGCAACACGCGGCCCUCGAGGACGCAAGGUGCGCAGACCCUGCAUCUAUGAUUAUAUCAUGAAUCCCAAUGCCGCAGCAGCAGAUCUUCCCAACACCUCUCG